AUGUCCCCUUCUACAGUUCCUGCCCGCAUCCUAUGCGUAAUCGGCAGCGGCGGUAUGGGUCUAGCGGUCGCUAGGCGGUUAGGGAGCGGUCGCACGAUCUUCUUGGCCGAUUACUCCCAAGCCAACCUCGACGCGGCCACCAAAGCACUCCAGGACGAGGGCCACACCGUGGAGCCUCACUUCGUCGACGUAGCCGACUUUGACGCCGUGCAAACGUUCGCCCGCGCCGCUGCUGCGGCCGGUCACAACGAAACUGUCGUCCACACGGCUGGCCUCUCCCCUUCCAUGGCGCCCGCCAAACGCGUCUUCGAAGUCGACCUCCUCGGCACCGUGCACGUCAUCGACGCAUUCACCGACCUCAUUCCCGCGGGCUCUUCGCUCACCUGCAUCUCCAGCGUUUCACGCUUCGGGCUGAAACCAUCCCCAGAACUUAUCGGCCAUCUCGCCCACGCCCCGCGCGACAAACUUCUCACCACCCCCUCCUUGCUAGCGCUGGAGGAGGGCCAAGGCCCCAACGUCUACACCGACUCGACCGUCGCCUACCAGCUGUCCAAACGCGCGAAUUACCUGCGCGUGCAAGCCUCGGUGAGGGCUUGGGGCGCCCGGGGCGCGCGGAUCAACACCGUGAGCCCGGGGGUCGUGUUAACGGCCUUGAUUCGACUAGAGAUGGCGGCUUUUGGAGAUGCGGUCAAGAACAUGAUUGAGACCCAGCCGGUGCCGCGGGGAGGAACAUCGAAUGAUAUUGCCGGCGUGGUGGCAUUCUUGGCAGGACCCGAUGCCUCGUACAUCACGGGAUCGGAUAUCGUGGUGGAUGGUGGGUUUAUGGCGGCAAAUCAGGGGGCAUACACCAUGCCAGAGCGAAAUGAGGCUUAG